UUAGUCCCUAGUUCGCAUAGUUUGUGUCAAUAUCGCUUUUGGAUUCCGCUCCGCCGAUAAUAAUACGGCCGUUCCGUGUUGUGUUGAUUUGGAAACAACUUUUUUUUUAUUUCUUAUACUGGGUACUAAGAGUGUGGUGACAGAAUCAGUGCUGUCGCGAUUUGUGUGUUGACGGUUCGAAUCCCCGGCUGAGGAUAUUUCGGAUUUGGAUUGCGUUUCAGUUUUUUUUCUGUGUUGGAAUAUCAACCGUAACGCAGGACCUUGAGCCAUACGCAGUUUGAACAACGACGCAGACUAGUGCAAAAGCCAAAAGGAACGGAAGUGAACAAUCGGAGCCGCAAAAAUGCUAACACCUCGGAUCUUUAGAAUAGCAAUAGUACUAUGCAUCAUCAUCGCCAUCUUCUCACAAGCCACAGACAGCGCACAGACAAAGCGAAGAAUACGCCGACCCACCAGCCUGAAGUCGUCGUCGACAGCUAAGCAAACACCAGCGGAAGAGGACAAUCAGAUCCCUGUGAAAAAGCAGGCCCAGGACCGGUCCGAUCAGGCCCCAGCAUCAGCCACCAAUCGGUUUCGGGUGCGGUCCAAGACGCGAGGUGGAACCGCGGCCGCUGCGUUAGCAGGUGGAGCUGCGGGAGCCGCCGUUGUAGCUGGAGCAGCUAGCACCAACUCCCUGGUCACUAAGAAGGUUCAGGACAAAGAUGGUUACAAGAUCGUGUGUUACUAUACGAACUGGUCCCAGUACCGUACCAAGCUAGGAAAGUUCGUUCCGGAGGACAUCCCAGCUGAUCUCUGUACCCACGUGAUCUUCGCCUUUGGUUGGUUGAAAAAGGGCAAGCUCAGUUCGUUCGAAAGUAACGAUGAAACCAAGGAUGGCAAAACCGGUCUCUACGAUCGUAUUAUGUCCCUGAAGAAGGCAAAUCCGUCGUUGAAGAUCCUGCUGGCCAUCGGUGGUUGGUCGUUCGGAACCCAGAAGUUCAAGGAGAUGUCCGCUACCCGGUACGCUCGACAGACCUUCAUCUACUCAGCUAUCCCGUUCCUGCGUCAGCGUAACUUCGACGGGCUGGAUAUGGAUUGGGAGUACCCGAAGGGAUCGGACGACAAGAAGAACUUCGUGCUGCUGUUGAAGGAGCUGAGGGAAGCGUUCGAGGCCGAAUCUCAGGAAAUUCGUCAACCACGACUGCUGCUGACGGCUGCCGUCCCAGUUGGUCCGGACAAUGUUCGAGGAGGAUACGAUGUCCCUGCUGUGGCUAGCUACCUGGACUUCAUUAAUCUUAUGGCCUACGAUUUUCAUGGCAAAUGGGAACGAGAGACUGGACACAAUGCCCCCUUGUAUGCUCCCUCGUCUGACUCUGAAUGGCGCAAGCAACUCUCGGUAGAUUUCGCAGCUAAUCUGUGGGUUAAGAUGGGAGCUCCCAAGGACAAACUAGUCAUCGGCAUGCCAACCUAUGGACGAUCAUUCACCCUUGCCAAUACAGAUCGCUACAAGGUCAACUCACCAGCCAGCGGAGGAGGCAAAGCUGGAGAAUACACUAAGGAAUCUGGUUUCCUGGCCUACUACGAGGUAUGCGAGAUGCUGCUCAACGGUGCCGUCUACAUCUGGGACGAAGAAAUGAAGGUCCCUUACAUGGUUGAUGGAGACCAGUGGGUUGGCUUCGAUGAUGAACGAUCGAUCCGUAAUAAGAUGGUGUGGAUCAAGACUAAUGGAUACGCGGGAGCUAUGGUUUGGACCGUUGAUAUGGACGACUUUAGCGGAACAGUUUGCGGUGGAAAUGUCAAGUACCCACUAAUUGGAGCUAUGCGUGAGGAACUUCGUGGAGUUAGCCGAGGAAAGGAUGCCAAGGAUGUCAACUGGUCCGAGGUUGCUGCAACUAUCCAGGAGAAGGAAGUUGAAAAACCAGCUCCGAUCAAGAUUUCCGUCUCCGAACUGCUAAAUAAGGUUCAGAAACCCCAGAAAAAGAUCAUCAAGCAGGGACUGGCUACAAUCGAGAAAAACUCCCGCCCCGGUCAAGUGUUCUGUUACCUAACGAGCUGGUCCGCCAAGCGUCCGGGAGCCGGAAAGUUUGAACCCAAGGACAUCGACCCUAAACUUUGCACCCACGUCGUGUACGCCUUCGCCACCCUUAAGGACCACAAACUUACUGAAGCCAACGAGAACGAUCCGGAUAUGUACGACGCUGUGAUUGCUCUCCGAGAACAGAACCCAGACCUCCAAAUCCUGCUGGCUAUCGGUGGAUGGGCCUUCGGAUCUACUCCCUUCAAAGAGCUCACCUCAAACGUGUUCCGCAUGAACCAGUUCGUCUACGAAGCUAUCGAAUUCCUGCGGGAGUACCAAUUCAACGGUUUGGACGUGGACUGGGAAUACCCACGUGGAGCCGAUGACCGUAAAGCCUACGUUGACUUACUCCGUGAACUCCGUAUCGCCUUCGAAGGAGAAGCCAAGACCUCUGGACAACCACGUCUACUUCUGACAGCCGCCGUUCCAGCCUCUUUCGAAGCUAUCGCUGCCGGAUACGACGUUCCGGAGAUCUCCAAAUACCUGGACUUCAUCAACGUCAUGACCUACGACUUCCACGGCCAAUGGGAACGUCAAGUUGGACACAACUCGCCCCUUUAUCCCCUAGACUCAGCCUCAGCCUACCAGAAGAAACUGACCGUUGACUUCAGCGCCCGGGAAUGGGUUAAACAGGGUGCCCCCAAGGAAAAACUGCUCAUCGGAAUGCCCACCUACGGACGAUCCUUCACCCUAGUCAACAAUACCCAGUUCGAUAUCGGAGCUCCAGCUUCCGGUGGCGGAAUGCCCGGUAAGUUCACCAACGAAGCCGGCUUCCUGAGCUACUACGAAAUCUGCGCCUUCCUGGGAAUCGAUAACACUACGCUGGUGUGGGACUCGGAACAGCAGGUACCGUUUGCCUACCGCAAGGAUCAGUGGGUUGGAUUCGACGAUGAACGAUCGUUGAAGACGAAGAUGGAAUGGCUGAAGGAUAUGGGCUUCGGAGGUAUUAUGGUUUGGUCGAUCGAUAUGGACGAUUUCUCGGGGCGAUGUGGAAAUGGCAAGUUCCCACUGUUGAAUGUCCUCAACAACGAACUGAAGGACUACAAGGUGGCACUGGAGUACGAUGGACCCUACGAGACGCAUGGACCACGGGGAGCUUACACCACCAAGGAUCCAAACGAGGUCGUCUGCGCCGAGGAAGAUGGUCACAUCAGCUACCAUCCGGAUAAGAGCGACUGCACCCACUACUUCAUGUGCGAGGGAGAACGGAAACAUCACAUGCCAUGCCCCGCCCAGUUGGUGUUCAACCCAAAUGAGAACGUGUGCGAUUGGCCGGAAAAUGUCGAAGGCUGCCAGAGCCAUACGCAGACGCCACCUGCUGCCUAAGAGCGUUCAUAUGAACCAACCUUUGAAAGGGGUCGUCGGGUUCAAUCAAGUAGAUCCUUGGAUGUCCUGGAGAGCUAAUCGCAAUUAUUCAUGAGAGAACAAAUAUUUCAUAAUCAUACAGACAGACGAAAGAAGAAAGAACACUAUUCAUGUCCCUACACAGAGAGAAAAACUUAAAAGUAAUUUGUCCGAGUAACGAAUAUUGCUACCCAGGGAUGUACUUCUGAACAGGAAAUACUCCACGUGAGUUUGGAUUUCGAGGAAGCGACAAUCCAAACCAUCGUCGAAAACUGUUGUAAAUAUUUACUCAAAUUUUCCCACGUAAUUCUACCCUACACUUCAAAUUAUUCGCACAUAUUCACACACAAUCGCAGGGCAGAUCAGUCAUGAAUCUGAAACCUUCAGACUUGAUUUUAAAAUUUCACACAGAGAUCGUUGUUUCAUUUCAAAACAGAUCAUUCAAAUUCGUUUAGCAUUCACUGAACACAAAAUUUAACAGAAUUUAUUCCGGAAACUCACGUACACGCAAACAUACUUUUCUCUUAGAAACUAUACAUCUAACAUGUACUAUUUAUAUACAAAACCGUUAAGGAAAUGCCUUAAGCUUAAGUAUUGUUAAAUAUGUUAGUACGAUUACCCAACAGGAUGAGAAAGAAAGAAAAAACAAAGUAAAAUCGAAGAAAAAAAACGAAGUAAUAUAAAACAAAGGUAAAUGAUAACAUUUAUCUUUGAAAGUAGAAAAUCCUCGUAAAAUUACAACAUCAACAUGAACAGUAAACAAAAUUAUCCUUCACUAAACAAAUAAGACGUUCCGAAUUCUUUCCAGAGAGUGAAACAAAAAAUUACAACAAAUAUCCAGCUGCAACAAAAAAAUCAACUCUGUGUAAAUGUGUUUUUUGAGUAGAUGUAUAAAAUCUGUGAUAAUUAAGUGUAUAUACCGAGCGAAAAUCGAAAUCACACAAAACACACACACGCAAAUCAACAAAGCGAAUGUUACAAAAGCGACAACUAAAUUGAUCAACCUAUCAAAAAAAAGUGAAACCAUGCGCAGAGGAUAACCAAUUUUGUUUCCCCCUCACAUCCAAUCAUAAAUCGAAAAAGGGAGUUAGGAUUAAAGAAGAGCAGGAUUCAAAGCGGACUGGUGCACACGGGAAGCUGAAUGAGCUGACUGGUUUCUGACUAUUUAUCCGAGAAAUCGUGCAGCUACAUUAGAACUUCCGGCCGUUGUUGUCACUAGAUUUGAAUUGAAAGCAACAAAAAAUCAAAAUACGGAUUCGAAUGACACAAACAACUACAACAUAAUGGAAGAGGACUUGGGAUUGGAGAAUGCAGAGAAAUCGAAUUCGGAGAAAAAUAAAUCAAUGAUACACACAUUACACGAAUAUGAAGUGACUCUAGAGUGUAGCAUAUGUAUUGUAAUUUACCCGAAGAAAUAAAUUUAUUUUAAAACGUA